AUGCAAACAGUUGGAAUCGCCUGGUCGGCGCGGCGGCACGCAGAUAUCAUAGAUUUUUCCAGCCAACCUGAGAUACCUCAUUUAGAUGCACAUACACGAAAGAAAGAAUGCGAUCACUUUCCUUACGACUGCCAAGGCGAUUUAAUGCUGUACGCUGAAUCCUGCUUCCUUCUUUACUACCCUGGAUGGGUUCCUGCGCCGGAUAGAAAGUAUUGGCCGGUUCCAUUCGAGCCAGACCUUAGUUGGGGGAUCUGGUCCGUGAACUAUAUUUCGCAAUACCUCACUCCAGGUCCUUACAGUCGGGCAAAAUGGAUCCAGGAGUUUUCUUGGGAUGAGGAGACCUGCCGGUAGUUGACGGCCCUCUCUCCUUUUCCUCUUCAGCGAUACUAUUCGCACCCUUAUUCGUUGGAGCGUAUUGAAACUGUUCGGCUAGUUUUAUGGCAAGAAUGCAGAAUUCAUAGAGGCAAAAUUCACUUCUAUCGUUUCCCUUUCAUAAUCGU